CACGGCGAUUUUUCCGCACAGUUUGUCGCUGUGAAGUCUGAGCGGAUUUUUGUUUAUGCGAUGGUGUCUGCUAUCAGCCUAUUGUCCAAACUGUACAAUUAGUUAGGCAGCUGUCACAACCCCCGUAAUCCGUUGCGUUCAAGCUCCCCGCCAUCCAACCUUUACCUCAAUACGCCUGCCCCACAGUCGGCGCGGUCGUACUACGGAUUGCUCCUCGAAUCGUACAUGCAUUAAUACGCUCCAUCCAUAGCCCUUGAACCGCUCCGGCAGCAAUCAAUCGCCCCUCCCCGCCAUGGGCCGCUCCACGAUCCCGCCAGCGCUCAUCGAGCUCUCGAACCCAAGCACACCAGAAGCGCAAGUGAACGCACUGCGGAACCUAAAGAAUGAGAUUGUGGGGCAUGAACAGAGGAAGGAGCUCGCGGUGGUCCAUGGCGUUAUCAAGCCUCUGGCGGGCCUGCUGAGGAGUGAGGCUAGGAAAGGCGGGAAGCGGAGGAGAGGCGUGAUGAAUGGGAAUAGUAGCGCUGGGAGGGGGACUGAGAGCGCGGGAGACUGGACAACCGAGGACGAACUGCGGUUCCAGGCUACGCUUGUGGUGGGCAGUCUUGCGAACGGUGGACCUGGCUUUAUCACUCCGCUACUUGCAGGCGAUACCCUCCCUCCGCUACUCGAGGCGCUGGCUCCGAACGAAACGCCGCCAAAGCUCGUCGAGAAAACGCUGCGCACCCUCAACCAGAUCGUCGAUGCUGUCGCACAAGAGAAGCCGUGGUGGGACUCGUUGCUGUCACUAUCGUACUCUGUCAACGAGCGGAUAUACACCAAGCCGGUUCUCGAUAACAUGGCCGAGAUACUCGCACAGACUUCACGGUCCUCGGUCGUCCACCAGCAGAUAUCCUUGGCCGCGAGGCUGAUAACAAAGACAUGUCGGGAAGACGGUCAGCGAAAGCUUCUACUGGAAGCAGGUGUGUUGGAUCUGCUCACGGCUAAGAUGGCCGCUAUUGCUGCCCUCGAUGAUCCAUCGCGAAGACCCGAGUCGAGGAGCUCGAAUGGGGACGCGCUUCCUCUCAUGUACCUGCCUGACAUCCUCGAAGCCAUUUCUGCCAUCAUCAAGGAUUCACAUUAUAACACUGCGCGAUUCCUCUAUUCGCAAUCGAUUCAGACUCUGUUCGGCUGGCCCAAGGGGGCGUCAAGCUCAUACGAUGGCUACACCAGCUCUUCGCAAUCGUCAUCCUGGGAUAAGUUGAUACCUCGACUGCAGACGCUGCAGAGCAAGUCCGAUCCCUACACUAAGUCCUGGCCGGCAUUGGGUUCCUAUACUUCUACGAUCGGCGAGAGCUAUACCCGAUUACCCAUGGACUCGACACAGCCAACGUCGAGCAGGAACGUCAUCACGGACGAAUCAGAGACUCCUCUGUUUACGUGGCUUAUGUUUGUGGCACGUCGGGGCGAGGGCAGGGAACGCUUGGCUGCCUGUUGGCUGCUAGCCUUACUGAAGAAGUUCGGCGAAAGAUGGCCAUUGAGCGAUCCCUCAAAAACGACGCGAGAGCGACACUUCUCGUACCUGGUCAUCCCACUUGUCGUAAAGAUGAUUGAGGAAGCGAGCCCGACAUCGGUAAACGCUAAGAACAUCAGUGCGCUUAGCCCUCAAGCAAGAGCGGAUAUUCGGUUCGUUCUAGAGCGCUCUCCUCUGGUCCUGGCGGAACUAGUUGCAGGCAACAAGACGUUGCAGAAUGCGGCGGUCGACGCGCGAAUUCUCCCCACCCUCGUUGGGAUCCUUAAGAAGUCUUUCGAUCCCGUUACAACAUCAACGAAGCCUUUGUGGCAACCGAAGGUGUCGAUUGCUUCCGCACGGGAUCCCAUGAUAGACCCUGCUUCAUCGAUAGUAGGCCCCCCCGGGCUCAGCGCUGAUGUGCUUCAUGCAUUUAAGUACCGAGAGAGUUCUCUACUGGCGCUGGCAGCCGUAGCAGACACCCAGGACGGACUUCGGAAGCUCAUCAUCGAGAUGGGUGCUGCGGGGCAUAUCAUCGAGUGUCUCAUACCGUACCAAGGAGCGAUCAUCCCAUCCUCCUCUGCACAGAAUGCAGGGUCGACAUCGCCCAAGGAGGGCAAUCCCGAUUCUGUACUAAUCGCAGCGUGUAAAUUGACACGGUCGCUUUCGAGAUCCAUCAGCGUGCUGCGAACUAGUUUGAUCGACCAUGGUAUCGCGCAACCGUCGUUCGAUCUCUUGACUCACGCGAAUGUCAAAGUGCAGAUCGCUGCUACAGAGGUCAUUACAAACCUUGUUUUGGAGGUAUCUCCUAUGCGCACCGAGAUCAUAGAGGCCGGAGCCCUUAAGACGCUGUGCGAGCAUUGCCGGUCCGCCAACUUCGACCUCCGCUAUGGCAGUCUUUGGGCACUGAAGCAUCUAUGCUUAGGACUCCCGUACGCCAUGAAGAUUCAUUGCCUCGAGGAGCUUGGUGUGGGCUGGCUUGUGCAAGUCCUUAAUGGGGAACCUGCGAAGCCCGCUGCUUCAGCGCCGCUCGGUAUGGGCACGCCUAAUGCCGCAGGCGAACAGGUGGAUAUUCUGAACGCCGUCGAUGACCCUCACAUGGACGUUGACGACGAGCCAUCAUCAUCUGAGGAUGAAGACACCAUGACAGACAGCAUCCCCUCGCUGCGUCGCCACCAGCGUCCCGGAUCUCGCUACACAAGCGCAACCAACAUCCGUGACCGUCUGCAACAGGUCAAGAACGACGAGCAAGACGUCCGUCUAAAUAACGAACGAGACGACAUUCGCCUCCAAGAGCAAGCCCUCGACUUCAUCCGCAACUUUAUCACCGAAGACAAAGCCUCCGGCGAAAUGAUCGACCACCUCCUGAAAUCCUUUGGCCACACACGCUUCUUUGAGCUGCUAGAUGCUAAAAUUCGGCCCAAGGGCUCCUCCGCCACGCAGUCUACAAGCACCCCAGCCUACUGGACAAACACCCCCCAACGGCCCAGUUUCUCCUCUUCCGCACCCACUUUCGCUCAACCAAAUUGGGCCGCCUACCCCGCCAUUGAACUCAUCAUCGGCACCCUCUACAUCCUCGUCCACCUCGCCAACGGCCGGCCCCAACACCGAUCCCUCCUCAUCUCCCAAACACAGCUCAUGCAGCACGUCCUCCCCCUACUCUCCCACCCGCGCCGCGACAUCCGCCUUCCCUGCGCCUGGUUCAUCAACAAUCUCGUCUGGGUGGAAGACCAGACCGAUGAAGCCGCAACGCGCGAUCGCGCACAGCAGCUGCGCCAGCUGGGCUUCGAAGAAGGCGCGAGGCUGUUGGGCAGAGACAUGGACCUGGAUAUCCGCGAGCGCGCUAAGACCGCCAUCGAGCAGAUGGGCAAGCUGCUGGGUGAUAAUGGGAGGAGCAGUGGCGGAUAUGCGAGUCCCGCAGGGACGGGCUUUGGCGGUGGUGCCGGUGCUGGUGGGGAUGGUGGGAGCGUGAGUGGGCUGUCGCAGAUAGGGAGGUUGGGGAGUUUGCAUCCGCACCGGCAUGGUGGGUGGGGAAGUAGGGAUUGAUGAUGAUGCAUAAAGCACGACGAGUAGACGGGAUAUAGCGGCUACACGGCUCUCUAUUGUGUUGGCAUGACUGGCGUUCGGAGCAUGUGUAUGGAUAUCCAGACGGCUGAUGAGGUCAAAAUGGUGUGAAGCACUUCUUCUGGAGGAGUCAUGUGUAAAUAGGCAAUCAUUCGUAGCACUACUCUUCUUGAAUGUAUGAUGAAUGGCUUC